AUGGCAUCUGCCAGCUCCAGCCGGGCAGGGGUGGCCCUGCCUUUUGAGAAGUCUCAGCUGACUCUGAAAGUGGUAUCAGCAAAGCCCAAGGUGCAUAAUCGUCAACCUCGGAUUAACUCCUAUGUGGAGGUGGCAGUGGAUGGACUCCCCAGCGAGACCAAAAAGACUGGAAAGCGCAUUGGGAGCUCUGAGCUUCUCUGGAACGAGAUCAUCAUUUUGAAUGUCACGGCCCAGAGUCACUUGGACUUGAAGGUCUGGAGCUGCCAUACCUUGAGAAAUGAACUGCUUGGCACUGCCUCUGUCAACCUCUCCAACGUCCUGAAGAACAAUGGCGGCAAAAUGGAGAACACGCAGCUGACCCUGAACCUGCAGACAGAGAACAAAGGCAGUGUUGUCUCGGGCGGAGAGCUGACAAUUUUCCUGGACGGGCCAACUGUUGAUCUGGGAAGCGUGCCUAAUGGCAGUGCUGUGACAGACGGAUCACAACCACCUUCAAGAGAAUCCUCUGGGACAGCUACAACUGCAGAGAAUCGGCACCAGCCCUCCAGUACCAACUGCUUCGGUGGGAGAUCCCGGACGCACAGACAUCCAGGUGGUUCAGCCAGAACACCCACAGCAACUGGAGAGCACAGCCCUGGUUCUAGGAACCGGCAUCGGCAGCCCAUCAAGAACGCAAGCCACAGUGGCUUGGCCAAUGGCACAGUGAAUGAUGAAUCCACCGUAGCCACUGAUUCCGAAGAGCCCUCUGUCGUUGGUGUGACAUCCCCACCCACCGCAGCCUUGAGUGUGACCACGAACCCCAACACAACGUCUCUUCCAGCUCCGGCCACCCCAGCUGAAGGAGAAGAGCCCAGCACUUCGGGCACACAGCAGCUCCCAGCGGCUGCCCAGGCCCCCGAUGCUCUGCCUGCUGGAUGGGAGCAGCGAGAGCUGCCCAAUGGACGUGUCUAUUAUGUUGACCACAAUACCAAGACCACCACCUGGGAGAGGCCUCUUCCUCCAGGCUGGGAGAAACGCACAGAUCCCCGAGGCAGAUUUUACUAUGUGGACCACAACACUAGGACCACCACCUGGCAGCGCCCCACGGCCGAGUACGUGCGGAACUACGAGCAGUGGCAGUCACAACGCAACCAGCUCCAGGGAGCCAUGCAGCACUUCAGCCAAAGAUUCCUCUAUCAGUCUUCGAGUACUUCGACUGACCAUGACCCCCUGGGCCCCCUCCCUCCUGGCUGGGAGAAGAGACAGGACAAUGGACGGGUGUAUUACGUGAACCAUAACACGCGCACCACCCAAUGGGAGGACCCUCGGACCCAGGGGAUGAUCCAGGAACCAGCUCUACCCCCCGGAUGGGAGAUGAAAUAUACCAGCGAGGGGGUGCGAUACUUUGUGGACCACAACACCCGCACCACCACCUUUAAGGAUCCUCGCCCAGGGUUUGAGUCGGGGACAAAGCAAGGUUCCCCUGGUGCCUACGACCGCAGUUUUAGGUGGAAAUAUCACCAGUUCCGUUUCCUCUGCCACUCAAAUGCCCUACCCAGCCACGUGAAGAUCAGCGUUUCCAGGCAGACACUUUUUGAGGAUUCUUUCCAACAGAUCAUGAACAUGAAACCCUAUGACCUGCGCCGCCGGCUCUAUAUCAUUAUGCGCGGUGAGGAGGGCCUGGACUACGGAGGCAUUGCCAGAGAGUGGUUUUUCCUUCUGUCCCACGAGGUGCUGAACCCCAUGUACUGUUUGUUCGAAUAUGCUGGGAAGAACAACUACUGCCUGCAGAUCAACCCCGCCUCCUCCAUCAACCCCGACCACCUCACCUACUUCCGCUUUAUCGGCAGAUUCAUCGCCAUGGCUCUGUAUCAUGGAAAGUUCAUUGACACAGGCUUCACCCUCCCUUUCUACAAGCGGAUGCUCAACAAGAGACCAACCCUGAAAGACCUGGAGUCCAUUGAUCCUGAGUUCUACAACUCAAUUGUGUGGAUCAAAGAGAACAACCUCGAGGAAUGUGGCCUCGAGCUGUACUUCAUCCAGGACAUGGAGAUACUCGGCAAGGUGACAACCCAUGAGCUGAAGGAAGGUGGCGAGAGCAUCCGAGUCACGGAGGAGAACAAGGAGGAGUACAUCAUGUUGCUGACGGACUGGCGUUUCACCCGAGGCGUGGAAGAGCAGACCAAAGCCUUCCUGGACGGCUUCAAUGAAGUGGCCCCCCUGGAGUGGUUGCGCUACUUUGAUGAGAAAGAACUGGAGCUGAUGCUGUGUGGCAUGCAGGAGAUUGACAUGAACGACUGGCAGAAGAACACCAUCUACCGCCACUACACCAAGAACAGCAAGCAGAUCCAGUGGUUCUGGCAGGUGGUGAAGGAGAUGGACAAUGAGAAAAGAAUCCGGCUGCUGCAAUUUGUUACGGGAACCUGCCGCCUGCCCGUUGGGGGAUUUGCAGAGCUCAUCGGUAGCAAUGGACCACAGAAGUUUUGCAUUGAUAAGGUUGGCAAGGAAACCUGGCUGCCCAGAAGCCACACCUGCUUCAACCGCCUGGAUCUCCCACCUUACAAGAGCUACGAACAGCUGAAAGAAAAGCUGCUGUAUGCCAUUGAGGAGACUGAGGGCUUCGGACAGGAGUAACUGAGGCUGCCCCUCCCAUGCCCCCCAGCGCACACGUAGUUUGGAGUCCUCCCUGCCUGAGAGGCCAUUGGCCAUGCAGUCCUUGGGAGGUCCCCGUGGAUGGUGACCCUGCAUGGGACCACAUUGACAUCACACUGGUGGCAGAAGAACCUGACCCCUGAAGGCCCUACAGCCUUGCCCCUCUUCCCUGCUGGUGGCAGUCUGGAAUAAAGCCCCCUUGUCACCUUUGGGCCAGUCACCCAUUACAAAGUCUGGAGGGCUGACCCUCUUCUGGAAACACUAUCCCCUCCCCCCUAGGACCAACCCUAGGUGUGUGUGAGUGUGCAAGGGAAGGCAUCCUGACUUGUAAGCUGGGCCUCGCAGGCUAGCUAGAUGAAGAGGAGAUUGGCCACUUGGGUUGCUUUUCUGGCCUGAGACAGCCAACAGUCUUUGCCAGUAAGAGUUUCUGUCUCAGCUAGAACUUUUCCAACAAUCUAUUUGAAAUGAUGGGCAAGGGGGAGGACUCUGGAUGAAGGCCAUCUUCGCUCCCUCCCUAGCAGGCCCUGGCCAUGGAGGCCAAGCAGUAAAGCUCAAGGCCAGCCAUUGUGUUCUUCCUGAGCGAAUAAAAGGUUGCCCAGCUGCCUGGAUGACACAGCAGACCCCACAGACCUCUGUCCUGUUGCAUCAACUUGAAGCAUUUGUGCAGGGCUACUGCUUUUGGUAUUAUUUUUGGUAUGCCACUGUCACUUUUCAUCAAGGAGCUGGUGACCCAGGUGUUCUGGGACCUUGAAGGACUCAGCCCCGUUGGUCCAAGAGUUUCCUAAUAACUGCUCCUCAGGAACCCACUUAGUAGUCCAAGAGUUCCAGUGGUGCAGUAUCACAGUGUUCUAGGCCCCAAGCUUGACAGAGAGGAAGGAGCUGGUGUCCUGGACGCCGCUCCCAACCUUGCUGCCUGCCGCCUUUGCUAGAUGUCUUCACCCGGGCAGCCAACAGAGAUGGGGUUGAUGCCCCUGCCCUCCCGCUGGCCCCUGGAGUUCCAGGUGGGCCCAUUAGUCCCCUGUUGAGAAUGAAGUGCAUACCGCCAGCUGUAUGUGUUCAUUCUGUGUAGGUGUGAGGCUUUAUCUGCACGCAGGAAACAAUGCUAUUGAAAACCAGCAGAAGGGCCCUAGCUGCUGCACAUGGCCUGACUCAAUUUCUGGUGCCCUGCUGCCCCUAGCUUCUGAUGUGGAGAUUCUGCCAUCGAUUGAAAUCUGCAAGGUGAACAAGCUCUCUGGGAUGCUGGAGUAGCGAUUAUUGGAAACUCCCCAGCCCAUGCUUGCAGGGUUCUAGGGCAAGGUGCCAGUGCAGACUAGCUACCCAGGACCCCAGGCAGAAUCUCAGCCUGGUCACGGGAGCCUUCUGAGGAUGCACUUCUGUUCUCAGACCCUCGUCCUUCCCCGGCCCAUGGAGGUACAGCCCGUUACUGCCUCUGUGUGUGUGUGUGUGCGUGCGUGCGUGCGUGCGUGCGUGUGUGUGUGCUGAUCUGAGUGGCUCAGCACGCGUAGCUCUGCCUUCUCCCUCUCGCUGUCAUGCCACCUUCCUGUGGCAUGUCAUGACAUAGGCUGCUCCAUCAGGUGGGUAGGAGUCAAGCUGCCAUGUGAGGUUUGAAGCAUCAGGCUCACGGGUGUUUGUGUAUGUUCGUGUGCGCAUACAUACGUGUAUAUAACUGAAGUGACCGUGUGGAAUGCUCUUUGGAGCACUGGGUUGGCCACCAGAUUGUUUUGUAACGCUCGCCUCCCUGCCUCAGUAUUGCCAGUUUCUUGUGCAAUAAACAAUCAGCAGCUG